AUGGCUUAUACCAGUCUCCCCGAGCUCCCCCCUGAGCUUUGGGGCUACAUAUCGUCACAUCUAUCCCACACCGACAUCAAGUCUUUUCGCUUGGCAUGUAGUCAAUUCAACAACGCUGUGUUUCUUCGCCUCGACCGUGUUUUCUUAUCCGCCAACCCACUCAACAUAGAGGUCUUAUGCAAGGUUGCAUCACACGACAAGCUCCGCCACCAGGUGACUGAGAUCAUCUGGGACGAGGCGUGCUUGACAAGGGGCCCACCGCGAACACCCGAAACCCACGAUGGCCACGAAUUGCUCUCGGACGAGGAUGAGCCCGAUAACAGCAGAGAGUGGGCCGAGCAUUACUCUGAGUUUUACCAAGAGGAGUUGCUCGAGCGACAUGAAGACGAGGAGGAGAACGGAUGUCCGAACUGGUUCAAAGAGGCCUGCGAGAAAAACAUCGAUAUUCUAAAGUCGCGAAAAAAUCGCGACGUGGACAGGCCCGACCAUCUCGAGCGCAGAGAACAGAUCUUGGCCCAGCCUCCGCUGAGUGAAUGCUGGGGACAUUACCAGCAUUUACUGAAUCAGCAGAAGGAUGUUAUCGCCGAUAACAGUGACUUACAAGCAUUCUUGUAUGGCGUCAAGCAGUUUCCUUCUCUGAGGAGAGUCACCAUCACUCCUGCGGCUCACGGCCAUCUCUUCGCCCCGUUGUACCGGACCCCUAUGAUCCGCGCUUUCCCGAAGGGUUUCAAUUAUCCUAUCCCACGUGGCUGGCUGUAUUCGAGAAUUAAUUCGGAGCCUGCUAAUGCGUAUGCGUGGAAUGAAUACCCCGAACUCAAAGAACGUUACCGCGGGUUCCGCAUAGCGAUGCGCGUUCUCGCCAACGAACCCAACGCUGUUUCUGAACUAGUAUUGACUUCUCACUUUCUGUCCACGGGGAUCAACUGCACAAUCUUUGACGAGCCUUGUCAGGAGUACGAUCAUUUCGCUACCGUGCUGAAAAACCCGGGCUUUCGCCGUCUGGAUAUCACCAUGCUUGUCGGUGAAGAAUCUCAGACAGGGCUUCAAGCGUGCUGGCGAUCCUUGCUCAAUGGACGUCUCCGCCGCGCACUUAGUGAAGCAAAAGAAAUAGAGGAGUUCAGGCUACAUACAACAUUCUCAGAAGCGCUCUAUGAGAAGGAUAAAUACCAACUGAUCCCAUUAGAGAGCAUUGUCCCGGUGGAAAAAUGGUCGAAUCUGCGGCACUUUGAACUCGCCGGCUUUGUUAUCUCACAGGAUAAUUGCAUCUCCUUCCUCAAAGCUCUACCGAAAUCCGUUCGCUCGAUCGAAUUCAGUAUGCUCCAAUUUCAUCAUGCUGGAGGCUGGUAUCUCAUGCUGGAAGAAAUACGCCAAAUGGUAUCCGAGAACACGCUGUGGGGAGGCCGAGAUGCCACCUCGAAACCGAAGGUCGCAAUCGGAUUUCCAAUUCGGAUGUCGAAACACGAACCCGGAAGGGGGAAAUGGAUUGAAAAUGAGGUACAGGAUUUCCUUUACAAUGGGGGAGAAAACCCCAUUGAAAAGGAUUACCCUCUUCAACUUCCACUUGGCAUUGGUGUCAUGAAGGAUGUGUUUGAGCCCAAUUUCGAACGUCCGAAUGUGGACGGUGACCUCCUGAGAGAGCUAAACAUCUGCAAGGAGGGUUAUUACCCUCCUGAAUACUGA